GAAGAUAAAAUUGACGUUUUGUGAAGGACAAAAAGUGUUGUUUUGAGAAUUUUAUUCUGAAUGCCUCGAUUUAAUCAGAAUUUUACAAGUUAUUCCGGGGAAAUGGAGAAUCCUAAUUUUACAGAAGCUUCUGGAGCUAUGGAAUCGUCAGAUUUAGCAAAACAGAUGAUGGCUUUGAUGCAAAUGAUGGAACAGAACCGUAUAACGAGUGAAGAAAGGUUAACGAGACUUAUUCAGCAACAAGAUAAUGUCCAGAAAUACCAAAUUAUCCCAGACUUCAGUAAGUCUAUUAGUGAUUUUAACGGAGAAACAUUGGGGAAGACUGCAAUGGAUUGGUUGGAACAAUUGGAAACUACUGCGAUAAUACAUAAAUGGCCUGAAGAAUUCAAGUUAGAAACUGCGAAAAUACAUUUAGUUGGAGCAGCUAAGAAUUGGUUUAAUGGCAGUAAAACACAAGGAUGCAGACGAAUUAUUGCACGACAUUGUCAAUUUUUCUAAAGUGGAAGA